AUGGCAUACGAAAAUUGUGUAGUUUGCGGGAAAAGAUAAGAUGGUUUAUAUAAGUUGGUGCCUCAUUUUAGAUCAAGUCAUCCUAGCAAAUACAUUCAUAAGAUGUGUCUGCUUUUAUUUCGCUCCGAUUGGAAUCAUCGAGUUGCUGCGAAUGAGGAAUUGUAUUACAAUGACUACAGAAGACAUUGUUCGAUAUGUGAUAAACGAAGUAAGUAACAGGUGGUUAGAUGUGCACACAGUUCUUGUAGAAAUAGAUUUCAUUUGGACUGCUUAAAUAAUCCUGUAAUCUAAGUAAACUCGAAUUCGAGGAAUCAUUAUCCAAAGCUAGAUGUUUAUUGUCCUGAACAUUCUUUCGAUUUAAUUAGACCCAACAAUUUGGACAAGUGCGUAGAAUCCAUUUUCAAUGACCAUCUAUUAAGUUAAGAAUAAGAACCUGGCUAAAUUUAGAAGAGCAAACACAAAAAAAAGCAUAAGAAGAAGCAUUCUCGAUCUAGGUCCAGAUCUCAUAAGAAAUCACGCAGACGAUCCAGUAGCCAAUGUCGAUUUAGUGACAGUCGAAGUUCGAAAUCAUCAAAAUCGCAACCCAAAAAUCCUCCUCUCCCAGAAAAAGUCGGUUUAUUGAUUAUCCCUGAAAGCAAGAUUACUGACUGUAUGAUAAGAGAAGUCAAAAAUCUCACCUAAGCUCCUAUUUUGGAAAAAGAGGAAUCCUACAUUGAACCUUUGCCAAUCCCUCAACCUCCCCCUUAGCCAAUAAUUGGAUAGAAGGAGGUUGAAAAAUAAAUAAUUUAUCCCCAAACUCAAAGGCCUUUUGUUGAGGAUCCUGAGUUCCCCUACACUGAGAGAGAAAACAAGAGGGAUCAGUCCAUUUUGAAGUGGUGGGACAAAAUAGAGGAAAUUUACUUUAAAGGAGAAGAAAAACUACCAUACACUAAGAUCGAAGAAUUCAAGAACCCCUUUGAAUGGUCUAAUCAAGGACUGGACGAGGAAUUGCUCAAUUAUGCUGAUCAGACUAAUAUUGAACCAAUCAUACAGUUGAGAUUUCAAUGUAGAGGAAGCAUUAAUGUUUUAAUUAGAUCUUCAAAAGCUCAGUAUUAUUUCAUUCGAUAUAGUUUUACCGAGCAUGUAGGCAAAGCAACACCCAAAGGAUUGUUGAGGACCAACAUACAAUUGUAUAGAUAUUUAUAAGAAACAGUUGACAUUCCUACAUAUUCUGAUAAGGAAAUAGUUGGCAAAGAUCUAAUUUAUUUAGAAGGUUGCGAAUUAUCUAAGUAGGAAUAUUAGGAUUGUUUUGAAUUAGAAUAACAAAUUAAAGAAGUUAAUUCUAAAUUGGAAUCUCAAUUAGACAUUGAAAGUGAUGCAAUCCAACAAUUUGAUAUUGUCUAUCAUAUCUUGAAUAAAGAGCUCACCUCUCUUGUCUAACUAAACAAUCAAUCCAGAGAGUAAAUCAAUAUCCAAAUCAACGACCAAAAUUUCAAAAUACUAAACACUCAAUAGCAACUACUGAUGGACUUAUUAAAGUGGUCUUAAAUAGUCAAAGCCUUCAUCAAUGGAUACAAAGACAAAAAUGAAGAUGUGUUAAAUUCCUUUUAUCCUUGCCAAUUAACAUUGACAUCACAAUCCUCCCAAAAAGCUUAGUAAAAGAAGAAGAAAAUCCACUCCAAAGAAAAUACUCAACCUUUAGACACAGACUGCAAAAUCUGUUUUGAUUAUCAUUAUACAGAUAUCAACCCGGUUAUCUACUGCGGAAAGUGUUCAACAUCAUUUCAUAAGAAUUGCUAUGGUUUGACUGGACCCCUUGAUGAAGAUGAUGUUAUUUGUGAAGCAUGUAGCUAUGAAUCCUCAAAGUUGUAUUAAUUCAGAAGAGGUGCUGCAAAAUGUGGAAUAUGCAAAAAAUUAGGAUUGCCCUAAAAGUACAUGAGAAACCACUUUUACCAUGUUUCUUGUUUGCUUUUAACUAAUUAAGUCAUUUUAUCAGACGGUGCCUAUGCUGUAAGGUAUAGGAAGAACGAUAUUAAACAAUCUUGCAAAGAUAAUGAAUAGAGUACACCUUAAUGUGCUGUUUGCGGAGAUUCUAAAGGAUUCCGUUUUUUGUGUUCUGGAGGGGAAACCAUACCGUGUAAGCAUGCCUUUCAUCCCAUCUGUGCUUAUCUUCAUGGCUUGACCAUUGACAUCGAAAGUGAAGAUCUUGAACAGUGUUGCAAAGAACUACGGUUUGCUCAAUUAAAUGUGCAUAUCAAAUGUGUCUUACAUUGUAAUAAAACUUUGUAAGAACUAGUAUAGUAAACUUACUACAGGAGAUUUGCACUGAAUUAUGAGCAGACUGCCAAAUGUGGAGGGGAAGACGUAUUCAAAGAGGAAUUCAAGAAAUCUAAAGGCUAUAGAUAUCUCUCGCUAAAGUUACCCAUUUCAAGAAAUGACAAUUUAUAAUAAUUUAUUAAUUAAAAUGGUACACCAACCCAACAGAUGUGA